ACAAACCCUUUCUUCAAAACCUUCACUUUCACUUCUCAGCUCCAAACAGCGUCCCCGUCCUUCUAUCCAUCAUCCAUUUAUAUAAAAUUAUAAUUAUACAUAUAUAUACAUAUGCCUUCUUCCUCUACCAUUUUCUUCUAAACCAUCAAUGGAUUGCUUGGUCUUUCCCGUUUCAAUUCUGAGAAAGCGCUCCCGCUUGGCCUAUCACCCUCUCACACAAGAAGCUGGCUGCCUGGAGGCCGCAGCUGCUCCGCCGGUGACUGUUGUAGUGGGGAAGGAGAAAAAAGAGUUUCUGGUGGACCCUUUUGUGCUAGAAAAAAACCCUUUUAGGGUUUUGAUGGAUACAGUCACAAAGAAGGAGGAGAAUAAUACCAUCGAAGAAGAAAACAAGGAAAAAAGAGUAAUAUUUGUGGACGUUGAUGCAAUUUUGUUUGAGCAUAUGCUGUGGCUGAUGAACAACGAUUGUUCUUCUUUGUUUCAGCUUAAUGUCAGAGAGAUUAUUGACUUCUACGCUCAAGAUUAUUAGAUUCUAUAUAUAUAUAUGGUUCUAAAAGUUAAUUUGCAGAAGGGUUUCACAAAUUUUAUGUGUAAUUUCCGAUCAAUCAUUGUAACAAAAAUUAAUAUAUAGGUUAAUACAAAUA